AUGACAAAAAAAAUCGAUAAUGAAAAUGGAAAUUUAGAAAAUACUCCAUUAUCAGGACCAUCAGGAUCACCAUAUAACAAUGCUGAUCAAUAUGACGAUGGAUCAUCAAAUUCUAGUGACUUUAGUGGUGUAAGAAGAUCAACUUAUUUGGGUGGUAGUGCUGGUGUUGAAAUGGAGAAUAUUGAAAUCUCAUCACCAAGAGAUAAUAUGGUAGUGGACAUUUUAAAGAAUAAAGAUUCCGAUAUGGAAUUAAAUCAAAGAAUUAAAAAAAGAUUUGAAGAUUCUUUAUCAUAUUUUGAUAAUCUUUUAAAUACAAUUACAAAUACUAAACCAUCACCAAAAUCACCAAAUCUUUUAAUAAAUAAAAAUAAUAAAAAUAAAAAUAAAAAUAAUAAUAAUAAUAAUAAUAAUAAUUUAAAUUCACCAAAUAAUAUUUUAUUCACUCCAAAUGAAUUAAAAAAUUCAAAAAAAGAAAGAUCAAAUGAAAAUUUAUUAGAAGUUUAUGAAAAUAAUAAUAAUAGUAGUAGUAGUGAUGAUGAUAAUAAUAAUAAUAAUAAUAAUAAUGAUAAAAACAAUAAUAAUAAUAAUAAUAAUAAUAAUAAUAAUAAUAAUAAUAAUAAUAAUAAUAAUAAUAAUAAUAAUAAUAGUAUACAUGAAGGAAGUGAUAUAAAUAAUUUAAAUUUACCAUAUAUAAGUGAUAAUAAUAGUUUAUUAAAAUCAAGUAUUAAUUCAAAUAGAUUAAUGAGUCCUGAUCAAGAUGAUAUUAUUGAAGAUAAUUUAUUUAGUGAAUUAAGUGAUAAAGAUACUGAUGAUUUUUCAAAUGAUUUAUAUAAAGAUUCUGAUGGUCAAUUAAAAUCAAUUUCACAAAUGAAAAGAGAAUUAAAAGAAUAUUUCCUUAGUUUAAGUUAUAAAAAACGUGAAGAAAUUUCAUUUUCACUUUCAGUUGAACAAGAUCCUUUAAUUAUUGAUCAAACAAUUGAUCAAUAUUUUGAUUCAUUUGUUAAUGAUUGUUAUAAUGAAAUUAUAAAUAAAUUUAAAAAUCAAUAUCCAACAAUUAUUGAAACUAUAAAAAUGAUUAGAAGAUCACCAGAUAUAAGAGGUGAUGCAAGAAAAGCAGUUGAUCCAACUCAAUAUGUACCAAUUCAUAAAUCAUAUUCACCAGGUUCAUAUCAAUUCUCUUUAAAGGAAUUAAUAGUUACAAAAGUAAUUAAUGAAAUUAAUAGACAAGUUAUAAAGGCAUUUCUAUUAUCAAUGCUACCAAUUACAAGAUGGGUACCAAGUUAUAAAUUAAAAUAUAUAAAAGAUGAUGUUAUUUCAUCGAUUACAGUCGGUCUUAUGUUGGUACCACAAUCUAUGGCUUAUGCAAUUUUAGGUGGUUUACCAGCAAUCUAUGGUUUAUAUUCUGCAUUCAUUGGUCCAAUAGUUUAUGGUAUUUUUGGUACAUCAAAUGAAAUUUCAGUUGGCCCAGUUGCAAUGGUUAGUUUAUUAAUUCCAAAUGUUAUUGGUUUACCAUCGACUGAUCCAGAAUAUUUAACAGAGGCAAUUUGUUUAUCACUUUUAUCAGGUUUAAUUCUAAUGACAAUUGGUUUCUUAAGAGCUGGUUUUAUAAUUGAAAAUCUAUUAAGUAAUCCAAUUUUAAUGGGUUUUAUUCAAGCUGCUUCUUUAUUAAUCAUUUGUAGUCAAAUUAAAGGUUUAACAUCAAUACCAGUACCAAGUACAGUUUCAACAUUUCCAGAAUUUGUUGAAGCCUAUAUUGAACAUUUUCGUUCAAUUCAUGGUUGGACAGUUUUAUUUGGUGUAACUGCUUUAGCAAUUUUAAUAUUAUUUAGACAAUUAAAUCAGAAAUUAAAAUAUAAAGUACCAAUUGCAGUUAUUAUUUUAAUUUUAUCAACUUUAAUCUCUUACUUUAUCGAUUCAAAAUCUCAUGGUAUUAAAAUUAUUGAUAGUAUUCCAAGUGGUUUACCAACACCAAAAGCUGUAUCAUUAACUGCUGAAAGAAUUGGUAAAUUGAUUGUUGGUGCUUUCAUCAUAUCGAUUUUAGGUUUUGUUGAAUCAAUUUCAAUUGCAAAGAAAUUCUCUUCAAUUAGAAAAUAUACAAUCGAUCCAUCUCAAGAGUUAAUUUCAUUGGGUAUGGUAAAUUUAAUUGGUUCUUUCCUUCAAGCUAUGCCUGCAACUGGUUCUUUCUCUCGUACUGCUGUUAAUUUCCAAACAAAUUCAAGAUCAAGAGUUUGUUCAAUAGUUUCUGGUAUUAUUGUAGCUUGUGUUUUAUUAUUCCUUACUCCAAUCAUCAAACAUACUCCAUUAUGUAUUCUAUCUGCAAUUGUAAUUGCUGCUGCAAUAUCACUAUUUGAAUUUAAAGAAAGUUAUGAACUAUUUAAACAUGGUGAGGUUUUAGGUUUUGCUCAAUUAUUAUUCGUUUUCAUUAUUACAUUAAUGCUUGGUUCAGAAAUUGGUAUUGUUGUUGCUUUUUGUGUUUCUAUACUUCAAAUUAUUUAUUUCUCUGCUCGUCCACAAUUAGUAACACUAGGUAGAUUACCUGGUACUUUAGUAUUUAGAAAUGUUAAUCAUUAUUCUGGUGCCAUUACAAAUAAAAGAGUUAAAAUACUUAGAUAUGAUGCUCGUUUAACUUAUUAUACUGUUAAUCAUUUCCGUGAUUGUUUAUAUAAUGUAAUUUCAAAUGAUAAUAAUAAUAAUAAUAAUAAUAAUAUUAAUGCAACAACUGGUGGUGAUAAUUCACCUUCAAUUGAUAAUGGUACAAUUCAUACUGUCAUUAUUGAUAUGGUUAAUGUAAGUUCAAUUGAUUCAACUGCAAUUGAUGUUUUAAAUGAAAUUGUUGAUUUCUUUAAAUCUCAAAAUGUUACUAUCCUUUGGUCAGAUAUUCGUCCAGCAAUACAAAAAGUUAUGCAUAGAACUGGUUUCUUAAAGAAAAUUGAUCAUCAACAUUUCUUUAACUCUACUGAUAAAGCUUUAGAAUAUUCUUUAUCAAAUUAA